GAAGUUCAGCGCAGAAGCAGGAAGAGAAACAGCAGGACGAGCAGCUCUGAACAACACCAGCGGAAUCGACGCUUCACGCGCGCGGCGCGUUUACUGUAAUUAGUUUAUCCACAAGGUGGCGACUGUGCCCUGGAGGUGUCGAUUCACAAUGUAGUUGAAGAAAACCCACAUAGACAGAACAGAGCGGAACGCAUGCAAGCUACAGCGACGAUGGAGGCCAACAUAGACGAGAGAUUGUGUGACGAGGUCUUCUCAGGAAGCAUGUGAUGACCCACGCUCGGAAAAAAAGUUCCCUCGGCCAGUAUCGUGGCGAGGGGCGGGACCACGUAGAGGGCUGGUCACAUGGUGAAACUGUGGGCGGAGCCUGGCCUACGCAAGAGGGCAAGGCGAGGAAAGACAUGGCGAAGAAAGUCAAGACCAGGAAUCCGGAGCACAUGAAGACCAGUGUGGAGUCUGACAAAAAGGGUCAAAAACGUUCAAUGAGAACAGAUGAAACCAAGAGAGGAAAGCCCAAGAGGGUUACGAGGAAGCUCUACCCGUUACGAGGAAGGGCCGUCGCUUCAGACAGCGAGGCCUUGAGCUGUCAUGUUCUGCUCACUCGUCUGGAUGACCAGGAGGAAGAGAGCAAGGUGUGUGAGGUGGAUCCCAACAAGAAAACACCAAAAUCCCACAAGAAAAGCAGAAAGUCCUUGCAGGAACACACCAAAACAGAUAAACCUUCAGCUCAGGAGCCGCGUAAACGUAGACUAGCCUCUCUCAAUGCCGAGGCGGUCAACAGUCUGCUGCUUGAGAAAGCCGAUGGACCGUCGGGUGCCAAACUCUCGAAGAAACAAGGCGAUGGCGCCUCCACUACAGAACAAACAAAGACCUGCUCCAACCCGAAGAAAAGAGCCUCGAAGUCAGAGACGUGCCAAAACCCUAAGCAGGUGAAGACCGACAAGUCGGAGGAUGCGGAAGUGAGCUUGUACGCUCCCGCUCCCAGACGCUUGGCCGGACUCAAUGCCGCCGCGCUGCUCAAGCUCACCAGCUCCACUACAGCAAACAAGCAGAGGAUCAAAUCGGACAGUAAGAGUGUUUGUGCUUCGGGGAAGCAAACGGUCCGCUGCAAACCCAAAGCACAGACGUCCAAGAAGCACAGCCGCAAGCCGGAAGGUGCUUGUGAAGUGUGCAAAAGCAGGAGCUUUGAGUCUUCUCCAGAGAGCCGCCGCGUGACUAAACCAGGCUACCAGUCGCGGAGCAUUCUGGGAUAUCCCAUGAAGGUAGUGAAGGAGGAGCAGGUGGAAUCGGAGCUGAGUCCGUACUGCUGCUGUCCGCCGGAGGGUUCGGUGGAGUAUUGCCACCGGUUGGCGCUCUUCCUUGGACAGGAGGCGUACGGCGAGGCGGAGGAGACGCCGGUCAAGCAUGAGUGCCUGGUUCCGGCGCAUCCGGCCCUGACGCUCAGCGCCCAUCCGUGCCUAUGUGCGGAUCCGUGCUACUCCGGUUACUACGUCCACAUCGCUCAUCCCGGGCCACCGGCGGCGAGUCUGAGUGCUCAGGCGCUGCCCUGCACGCACAGUCCCUUCUGUCCGCGCGGACUCUCCGGAUCCAAGCUGCUGGCCUCCUCGGGUAUCCCACAUCCCGCCUUCUGCGGGACAGUUGGGUCGGCCUGCUACCGCCAGACCUGUGGAGUCGGCAGAUACGCCUUCAGCGCCGUGCAGCCGGUCGCCAACAGGACGUGCUCCUUCCCUACCAGCUGCUCCAACUGCAGCCAUCCAAUCAAAACAGAAGGCUUCUCCUCGUCUCAAGAUGAGCACAGUCGCACGCUCCUCGUUCCUCCGGCCCUGCCGCUCUCCGGAUGUCCCAGCAUACCCCGAGUAAACCCGUCCUCCCCGCGUCUUCUGUCCUCGAUGUCCGACCGCAGGCAGGCAGAAGUCAGGCUGAAGGUGGGCAAAGAAUGCCCUCAAAACACCAAGCCAUCCAACGGCUCGCUCGCUAUGGGCCACACCAGGUUAUCCAAACAACCCACAGCUACUGCAGCAAGUGCCAAACACCAGAAGAAAGUCAGCCGGCGCCAGGCCACGAACGGAUGGCGUCCUGUCGGCGUCCCGACGGAGAAGGAGGUGUUUAUUGCGGGCGAUGACGAGACGGUUCUCCGUCAGUGUUAUGAAGGAGUGGAGCGUGACGGAGAAGUGAUCAGGGUACGAGACACGGUGCUCCUACGAUCUGGACCGCGGAAGAAAUCCCUGCCGUUCGUGGCCAAGAUCUCCGCUCUGUGGGAAGAUCCCAGAACAGGAGAGCUGAUGAUGAGCCUAUUUUGGUACUAUCGACCUGAGCACACGCAAGGAGGCAGAGAUCCCAGCAUGCACUGUGAGAACGAGAUCUUCGCCUCUCGACAUCAGGAUGAAAACAGCGUGGCCUGCAUUGAGGACCGAUGCUAUGUCCUGCCGUUAGCACAGUACUGUAGAUUUUGUGCCUUGGUCAAGCGGCGCUCAGAGGGCGUGUCCGAAAGCACCCCGGUGGUGCCCGGCUCCUCUGACAGUGCCGUCCCGCCCCACCGCCUCGUGCCCGAUGGUGUCGACCCAGAGCUGGUGUACCUGUGCCGCCACGUCUACGACUUCCGCUACGGACGCAUCCUGAAGAACCCGCAGUAACACUGUAAGUCUGUUCGGUGCAGCGGAAGCAGUUCCCACCGAUGACAACGUCCGUUCAGCGCUGAGGGAGGUUGAGCACAUGACCAACAGGACACAACUGAGAAACGAGCCGGUUUGAGUCCAGUUGUCCAGUUGAGACUACGAUAGAUUAAUUGCCUUCUUCAGAACCUCACUUUGUAUAUCAGCUCGCUAAAGGUGUGUUCGAUUCUUUGUCUUUUACACUGGACUGUCACACUGCUGAGGGCUGAAAGGAGAAUCUCUGUAAGGUCCAGAACGCUGACGCUUUCAUAACAUAUCUCCCUUAGAUGUGGCGUCAAGACCAGACCGAGACUAGACCCUCUGUGGCCCAGAUCCAGACCAAGAGACCCAGACUAAAGGUCCAUUCACACCAGCGAUGAUAUGACGAUAACUAAUGCUCUUGCUCUAUGAGAACAGGGAAGUCCACAGCUUCACAAAGCACACAGCGUCAUUAUUUCUGUCUUACAACAAUUCAGAUUAUCACAGAAGUACUGGGAUAAAAGUUUAUAGUUUGGAUAUAAAUACUGAUGUCUACAGCAGAGAUCAAACUAGAGUAAACCACCUUUUGAAAGCAACUUGAUGCUUCAAAUAAUGAUUAUCAGUUACAUCAUUACACCUGUAGGUGGUGACAAGUGACUGUUAAAAAUGUAUUUGUCAUUGAAACAUUCACUCAAGAGAUUUGUCCAAAAACGCUGAUUCAUCCAGUAAUGAAUCAAGUAAAGUCUUUAUGAAUGAGUCAUUGAAUCAUUCAUUCAAGAGAUUUAUUGAAAAAGCUGAUUCAUCCAGUAAUGAAUCAAUUAAAGUCUUUCUGAAUGAGUCACUGAAUCAUUCAUUCAAGAGAUUUAUUGAAAAAGCUGAUUCAUCCAGUAAUGAAUCAAGUCUUUAUGAAUGAGUCAUUGAAUCAUUCACUCAAGAGAUUUAUUGAAAAAGCUGAUUCA